AUGAAAAACACAGCGAGGAAUAAACUUCAGCUUCCUCGCUUAAUGAAGCCAGUGACACAACGUGUUGAUGUUCCAUUCGAAAAAUAUCAACAUUUUGUUGUUGCACCAGUUAGACCUCCUGAAGUACCAUAUCAAGUUCAAUCUUCAGCAAGUAGCACAAAUUCGGUUAAAGAAAAAGAAGUUCCCGAAGAGAAAACAUCAGAUGUUACAUCAGCACGUGAAAGUGUAGUUGUUAAAGAAGAAAAAACACAAGUUCAUUCAUCGAUUACACCAUUUGAAGUUUCUAUAUCAAAAGAACAGCUCGACAUGUAUAUCCUCGAAGCAUCAAACACAACAGUUCAAGAAGCUACGGAAAAAUUCAUAUCACAACAUUUUGGUGGCGAAACAGCUAUUUAUUGGGAAAAUAUUCCCGAAUUACAAUUACUUUAUUCAACUACAUACCAAGUUGUUGUCCCUCGCACAGAAAGUAUUGCAAGUUCAGCAUUCUUUACUAAAUCUAUUAUCAGAACUAAUUCACCACACAAUCAUCCAGCAUUUAGUAAACGUGUUGACAUCAAAUUUGCACCCGAUGAUUGCCCAAUGAUGGCAUUUCCACUUUGGGAUUAUCGUGGUGAGUUAGUUGCUGUUGUUCAAGUUGUUCGUUCAAUAAUUGCACCCGAAUUCACAGCAGACGAAGAAUUAUUUGUUAAUCAGUUCGCAAUCAAAUUCAAGACAUUCUCUAAAUUUAUUUUAACACCUCCUUUACAUGAACAGAUGCUUUUAGACCUUGUUCAACUCCGACCAUUCAAUCAACUCCUUAAAGAGACUAUCUACUUAUUCAAAGAUUACUUCGAAUGUCGGUCAGCUGAAAUCUGGAAGUACGAUUCAAAACGAAAUACACUUCAAAUGUACGGAUCCGAAUACGAGAUGUCACCAAAUGAAGCUGGCAUUGUUGGAACAAUGAUAUCUUCUACUUCUCCUCUUAAUUGCGGUACAACAAAAUUACAUCCAAGCUACAACGAACAAGUUGAUGGACCAAUUGACGAACCGAUCCUUAUUAACCCAGUUCGUGAGUCAACUGGUGCUUUUGUUUACUUGUAUGUUCUCAGAGGUCCACGAACAGCCACAGUUUUUCGUUCUAGCGAUGUUGUUGUUUUCCAAAAGAUGACCGUUUUCUCUAGUUUCUCUAUUUCUAACGCAGACAAGUUCACAAGUAUGAAUGAAGAGUUGAUCCAGUCAAGUGACCGAAGCCAAGGACUAUCCGCUUUGCUUGAAGUUGCAGAAGUAUUGAGUCGCCAAUUAGAUAUCGGAAAACUUACAGAAGCAAUUAUGGAGAAAGGACGUUCUCUCACUAAAAGUGAUCGCUGUUCAUUAUUCUUAGUAAAUGAGAAGCGAGAUAGACUUAUUACAUCAUUCCAGCACGGUCUUUCUAAUGCUAUUGUCAUCCCAAUUGACAAAGGCAUUGCGGGAAGAACAGUUCGAGAAAAAACUACAGCAUUCAUCGAAGAUGCAUAUGCUGAUCCAGAUUUUGAUUCAUCUACAGACUUAGAGACAGGAUACCGAACUAAAAACAUCUUGAGUGUUCCAAUUAUUAACAACCGAAGUGAAGUUAUCGGUGUUACCGAAAUGGUCAACAAAAUCAACGGUAAAUUCACAGAAUGGGAUGCGCACAUGAUCAAGAUAUUCAAUGUUUUCUGUGGUAUUUCACUAGAGAAUGCACGAUUGUAUCAAGAUUCCGUUGAAAUGUCACAACAAUUGCAUUCAUUCUUCGAUGUUUCUUUCUCAUUAUCUAAUUCCGAAUCAAUCCAACGUAUUCUUGGUGACAUCAUUAAAAAUGCACGAAAUACUAUUGGUGCCGAAUGUGCUUCUCUUUUGAUAUUGGAUGAACCAUUGAACUGUCUUCAGAGUUUCUUAGUCGAUGGUGGUACAAUUCCUUCACAGUUGCCUUUAACAACUGGUUUGGCAGCAGCAGCAAUUAAAAGUCGCGAAGUUAUUGUUUCUAACAAUUGUUAUGAUGAUCCACGAUUCAACCGAACUAUUGAUAUUGAGAACAACUUCAAGACAGAAAGAUUACUUGUUGCACCAAUCAUUUCACAGAAAGGUGUUGUCUUAGGUGCUGUCGAAAUGGUCAAUAAAAAGAAUGGUGAUUUCGAUGAUGACGAUUGCAAAUUACUUAAAUCAUUUGCUGCAUUUGCCGCUGUUUCUCUUGAAAAUCAACGACUUAAAUCCAUUGCUGAUUUAGGCACUAGCGAAGCGGAACUUCCUAAAUACAUUUCAGAAUCAGAAAAGUCAUCAUCUAAGACACCAAGUAAAUUACAAUUGACUGACGAACAGAAGAAAUUAGUUUCAUCAUUGAAUUUCUUCUCACCAGAUUAUAAAGGUGUUGGUCAUAUCAAAAUCUUGUUCUUCAUCUUCCAGAAAUUCAAUUUACUUGAAGAAUUCAAGAUUCCUAACGACAUGUUCUUCCGAUUCAUAUUUGCUAUCCGAGAGAAAUACAACGAAGUUCCGUAUCAUAAUUGGAUGCACUGUGUUGAUGUCUGUCAAUACUUAGCAUAUGAAGUUAGUACCGCAGAACUUGAUAAAGUUUAUAAACCACUUGAAUUACUUGCUAUGUUUGUAGCGGCCGUUUGCCAUGAUGCUGGUCACGAAGGUUUGAACAACAUCUACAAUGUUAAAGCAGAAACACCAUUAGGAAUUUUGUUUAAAGACCAAUCCGUUAUGGAAACACAUCAUUGUACAGUUGCUAUAAGUUUAUUGACUAAAGAAGAAUAUAACUUAUUCCAUUCUGUUGAUUUAGAACAUCAACGACAGCUUUGGACCACUAUUAUUCAGUUAAUUCUUGCUACAGAUAUGGCUAACCACUUUAAGCUAGUUAAAGACACCAAUGAAAUUGCUGACAAAGCCGAAUUCGAUAUUGAAAAGCCAGAACAUCGAUUGUUAUCCAUGAAAUUGUUAUUGAAAGUUGGCGAUAUUUCCAAUGUUUCACGUCCAUUCCAAAUUGCAGAUAAAUGGUGUGACAUCCUUUGCGAAGAGUUCUUCCGACAAGGCGAUAACGAGAAAUCAUUGGGAAUUGGUUUGACAUCACCUCUCAAUGAUCGAUUGAACAACGACAAACCUAAGUCACAAAUUGGCUUCUACAACUUUGUUUGUUUACCAUUAUAUCAAGUUGUUGCUAAACUCUUCCCUCCACUUGAAGUCAACCAUCAAUCAGUCAAGAACAAUCUUGAAGUUUGGAAAGAACUUGCAGCACAAUCAGCGAAAAAAUAA